CCGAGCCAACAUACAGGCUUUAGUGUUUUGUUAUGAUGCCCUUUUGUUAAAUUCUCAAAGCUAAAAGAAGAUACGGAUACUUUAAACUGGCCCUCUCCCUUUGCCUUUAUCUGCCCUCUCUAAUCUUUAAACGGAGAGGUUAGGUUAGGACAGAAAAGGGAAGGGCUAAGAGCUGAGCUGUCCCUUUUAUACAAACUCAGCCCAUCUAACCUUUUCACUUCACCUCAGUCCAGUCGGUCUCAAGAUGUUUGUUUCACUAGUCCUGGUAUGGCUCUGCAUUUUCUUCAUCGUGCUUCAAUUCAAAUCCCGGAGGCCGAAGAACUUUCCACCAGGACCCAUUGCCCUGCCCAUAUUGGGUAACACUUUGCACCUGAGCCUGGAGAACCCCUUGAAAGAUUUUGAGAGGCUGAGGAACGCUUAUGGAGACGUCUACAGUCUCUUCAUUGGUUCCAAACCAGCUGUAGUCAUCAAUGGGAUGAAGGCCAUCAAGGAGGCCAUAGUGAUCAAGGCUGUUGAUUUUGCUGGACGACCCCAAGACCUGUAUGUUAACAUUGUCACCAGGAGGAGAGGAGUGAUUCUAGCUGAUUAUGGUCCUGUUUGGAAGGAACAUCGCCGCUUUGCUCUGAUGACUUUGAGGAACUUCGGCCUGGGGAAGACUUCAAUGGAGGACAGAAUUCAUGGAGAGAUUGAGUACACCAUUAAAACACUAGAAGAGAACAUCGGCAAAACCUUUAGUCCUCAAGUCAUGUUUCACAACGCGUCCUCCAACAUCAUCUGUCAGGUUCUGCUAGGUACGCGCUACGAGUACGACGAUGAGUUCAUCAAAGUGAUCAUUCAGUGCUUCACUGAGAAUGGCAAGCUUGCUAAUGGGCCGUGGGCAAUGCUGUAUGACUCCGUUCCUUUAAUUCGCUACCUGCCACUGCCCUUCAACAAGGGCUUUGAGAAUUUUGAGCUGUUUGAUAAACUCCUACUUCCUAUGCUGGCCGAGCACAAGAAGACCAGAGUCCCUGGAGAGCCGCGAGACUUUGUUGAUUGCUAUCUGGACGAACUGGAAAAGAGAGGCGAUGACACCACAUUUUCAGAGGACAAACUCAUUGGGAACGUUUUAGAUCUUUACUUUGCCGGGACUGACACCACCUCCAACACGCUGCUCACCGCUUUUCUUUACCUAAUGAACUACCCACACAUACAAGAGCGCUGUCAGCAGGAGAUAGACCGGGUGUUGGAUGGGAAGUUUCGGGUCAGUUUCGAGGACAGACACAACAUGCCUUACGUGCAGGCUGUGAUCCAUGAAGUCCAGAGGAUUGCCAACACUGUUCCACUCAGUGUCUUCCACGCCACCACUAAAGAUGUAGAGCUCAUGGGGUAUUCCAUUCCCAAGGGUACAAUGAUCAUUGAGAACCUGACCUCUGUGCUGAAUGAAGAGGGACAAUGGAAGUUCCCUCAUGAAUUCAACCCUGAAAACUUCCUUAAUGACCAGGGAGACUUUGUUAAACCAGACGCAUUCAUGCCUUUCUCUGCAGGAUCUCGGGUGUGUCUCGGAGAGAGUCUGGCUCGUAUGGAGCUCUUCCUCAUCAUUGUGACUCUGCUGAGGAAGUUUAAGUUCGUCUGGCCCAAGGAUGCAGGAAAGCCAGAUUACACUCCCGUCUAUGGAGUCACUUUGACUCCCAAACCUUAUCACAUGAAGGUUCAACUCAGGGCUGGAAAUAGUGGGUAAAUAGAGAACAGAAACAGAGCAAGAUCAACACUAAAGAAUUGUCUUUCAAUUAAUAUUUUAUCAUGAUAUAAAACAGCAUUUUUUUUAUUAUGGGGCUUGUUUCAAGUAAAUGAAUUCAAUUCAACGACCCUCGGAGGAUGUAUGUUGCAUCGCUGUUGUCCAUCACCGUAUGAAGCUGAGAGUUUUGCUGGGAGUAACCUACAUGACGUUUGCCGGUGGGCCAACUUCUUGCAGGCUUGGUUGUUGCAAUUUGUCCAGUGUGCUGUGCUUUUGGUGAGGGGGAGGGCUUAAUGCUCUCAGUGGUGUUAACUUAGUUCACACGAUAGUGAAUGCAAACAACUUUGUUUUUGUCGAGAUAACCAUCAGCCAGGGUAUUGAAGCUGAACUUGGUGUUCAAAAGAUUAAUUUCUUGAUCAAUUUCUGCUUAUUUGUUUUGGUUUGCUUCAUUCAUCUUUUAGGAUUUUUUGCUGCUCCGUGAGUUUAAAUUAUUUACUACGAAUGCAUUAUGAGAGAAUUAAUUCAAAAUGAAAGUUAUAAUUAUUCUUAUAAAAAAAAAGAAAAUUAUUAUUAUAAUUAUUAGUUCGUUAGUUAUAAUUUUAUUGAUCCACUCUUAUGUGAGGAACGAAUUUUGUGGCAGUAUGACAAAUAUACUGUGGGCAUUAUGUUUAAACGGUUCAAUUACUGCAGCAUCUUUAAUCUGGGAAAGCAAAGACAAAACAGCAAUGAAUUUAUCCUCAGGUGGAUUUUAAAUAUUUUCUGAAUGUCACUUGAUUUAAUUCAAACUGCUUCCUUUUGUAUGUCAGUGUUUCUUAAAAGUUUCUAAAUAUUGUAUAUGAAUGAUUAAUGAAAUAAAUAAAAUGAAAGAAAUAUUG